UUCUGAGUCUCGCCACGUCCUCUUCCCCCAGACCCUAUUCACCGAUCCCACCCUAAUCCUCCGCCCUUCUCGAUCGAUCGGAGAUGUCGAGCGGUUUGGACAUGUCUCUCGAUGACAUCAUCAAGAACAACAAGAAGUCCGCCGCGGGGGGCCGCGGCCGGGGCCGUGGUUCGGGCACUGGACCCGCCCGCCGCGUCCCCAACCGGUCGGCGAACCGAUCCGCCCCAUACUCCUUCGGGAAGGCUCCCGACUCGGCGUGGCAGCAUGACAUUUAUGCGGCUCCGAUGGGCGGCUUCCCUGCUCCUGCGGCUCGGGCUUCCUCUAUAGAGACCGGCACCAAACUCUAUAUUUCCAACUUGGAAUACGGUGUCUCGAACGAGGACAUCAAGGAGCUCUUUUCAGAGGUUGGUGAUCUGAAGCGCUAUUCAGUAAAUUAUGAUAGAAGCGGAAGAUCUAAGGGAACGGCUGAGGUGGUCUUCUCAAGGCGGGCUGAUGCUUUAGCAGCUGUGAAGAGAUACAACAAUGUGCUGCUUGAUGGAAAACCAAUGCAAAUAGAAAUUAUCGGAAUAAAUAUUCCAACACCAGCUGCCGUGCCUCAGUUCUCUAAUGGUGUCUCCAGAAAUCCUAACGGUGCUCCCAAAAGAACUGGACCAGGAAGGGUUUCUGCAGGAUGGCCACGAGGUGGUGGUCGUGGAAGGGGGAAAGGUCGUGGCCAAGGUAGAGGCCGUGGUGAACCAGUAUCUGCUGCAGCACUUGAUGCUGAUUUGGACAAGUAUCAUGAAGAAGCAAUGCAAACUAACUGAAUGCUUAGUUUGCAAUCAUAUCUUGCUUGAUGCUGCUCAAUAGUUAAGUAAUUCUGCAAACGUGCGUAAUGUAGGAAAUGGAAGAUGAUAUUGUUAAACUACUUAUUGGGUUUGGGGGCUUUCAUUUUCAUAUAUUUAUUGCUCUUAGACUUCUACUUGCUGAUGGGGUUAAAGCGACAUUUGAUGUCUGGCCUUAAAGUUCAUUUCAUUUGGUUGGUCAA